AUGAUGCAGUCUCGAGCAAUUUGUUUGGUCACAUGCGGUUUGGUGGUGCUGCUGAGUUUCGGCGUCCAAAUGGGUUCGGCCAUCAAAUGCUGGGAGUGUCGUUCAGAUUCCGAUCCGAAGUGUGCGGAUCCAUUCGACAAUAGUACACUUUCCAUCACGGACUGUAGACAGGUGGAACGGAAGGAACAUCUUCCCGAGGCGCAGGCGACAAUGUGCCGCAAGAUUCGUCAGAAAGUGAACGGAGAGUGGCGUUACUUCCGCAGCUGUGCCUUUAUGGGUGAACCCGGCAUCGAGGGUGACGAGCGAUUCUGUCUGAUGCGAAGCGGUACCUACAACAUCUUCAUGGAGUACUGUACCUGUAACAGCAAGGAUGGUUGCAACGGGGCGUCAUUGCGUAGCCCAACCGUGUUGACGGUGCUAGGUGCGCUAGUACUGGCCGUAUCAACAGCGAUCGGUUUCUGUCGCGUUUAA